GGCCUAAAUAAGCGUCCCCAAACCUUAGGUUCGGAACCCCGAAGAAAAUUAGUCUUGGUCUCCUUUAUCCACUUUAGUUUCAAUCAUUUUUACUCACUGGAUCUCACACUCUGAAGCUUAGAAAGUGGACUCAAGUUCUCGAACCUUUGACCUGGAUUGGAGAACUAAUAGAACAGACCGUUAAAUUUAAGAAUAGGGAUGGCAUUAGUAUCUGGAGCAAGAUCAACUCUGAACCCCAAUGCCCCACCCUUCAUUCCUGCCACUUUCUAUCAAGUGGAGGAUUUCUCAUCAGAAUGGUGGGAACUAGUGAAAACUUCAACAUGGUUUCGCGACUUUUGGCUGAGUGAGCACCAGGAUGAUGAUUUUGAAGGCAAUAUCGAGGUUGAUACUGCUGAUGCUGAGGAUAAUGAUGAUGUCAGCAUUGAUGAAGCACACUUGACCGAAUUGUCUCAGCUUGAGGAAGUAUAUCUGUCAUACAAAGAUAUUGGAAACACUGGAUUGUUCCCCACUGCUCCUAAAAAUGAAAGUACACCUCUUAAUGGUUUUGAAGAGGAUACUAAAGCUUUUUUGAAGAAGCUGAGUGUUUCAAAAUCUCCAAAAGAAAGAGGUCCCAAGUCCCCAGCAGGGUCUGCAAAGUACCAACAGAAGCCAGUCCGGUAUGUGAGCCCCAAAUGCACUCCCCGUCUAAUUCAUCAGCCUCGCUGAAAAGUUCCACACGAAAUUUCAGCUUGUCUCUUGCAAUGGCACCGACACUAGUAGUCUCACUUUAAGUUAAAUCUUUGUACAUGAGCUUGCAACCCUCUGUAUCUUUUGUUGUCAGUUUUCGUGUUUUUCUUUCUGCCAAGUUGAAGAACUUGACUGAAACCGUGCAGAAAUAAUGGUCCAAAUGUUGAGAAGUUUGUAAAUAUCUCAAGCACCCCAUCUUCAGUGUGUUCAGUUACUUCAGUAUUAGUAAAACAUUGUGUGGAAUGCAGCCCUUGCUUGAUAUUCAAUCCAUUGCUUAUUAAUUCUAA